UACUAAUUGCUAGGCAGGCUGGCGAAAAAAAAAAAAGAAAGAGAAAGGGGGAGAUUCUCACCCGCACUCUCGCUCUGUCCACUUCUCUGUCUAUAUUCAUCGGGAAAUCAAGAAUCCGACCGGAAAAUCCCCAUUUCAAAGUUUACACUAAUCCGAGGAUCCUACGAUAAACCCAUUGCGCCACCAUUAAAACCAAGAAUCCGACCAGAAUCUCGCCGGAAAACACCGUACUGUGCCUGAACAUUCAGAAACCAUACUCAUUUUAGUAUUCCCUUUUCUUUUUUCUUUUUUUUAGUUUUACUCAUCAUAUAGUAAUACGUAGUAAUCUUGGUAGAAGAAGUUAUUGAAAGUACAGAUGCACUGAAGUGAUUUUGAUUACUGAAGAAAAUGUCUGUGUACGAUGCGGCGUUUGUGAACAGUGAGUUAUCGAAGAACACUUCAAUUUUUGGAUUGAAGUUGUGGGUUGUGAUUGGGAUCUUCGUUGGAGCUGUAUUUGUUCUCAUACUCUUCCUUCUGUCACUCUGCAUCACCGCCUCCCGCCGCCGCACUACCACCCAAAAAGGAAAACUCCACCGCACUGUCAAUUCUGAGCUCACCCCAGUUGUCUCCAAGGAAAUCCAAGAGAGUGUCCACCAUGACGCCGCCUCAGAUCAUCGUCCAAUUGUCCCUCAGGUUGUGCCAGAAAUACAGAUCAACAUGGGGAAGGUGGAGCACAGAGUGGUGUUUUCAGACAAGAUGCCUGGGGCAUCAAGUGGUGAGAGUAGGGCGACUAGUGGGGCUGAAACAGGGUCAUUAGGGAAUAGUGGGCAAUUGCCAGAAGUGUCGCAUUUAGGGUGGGGAAGGUGGUAUACUCUAAGAGAGCUUGAGGCUGCCACUAAUUGCUUGUCUGAUGAGAAUGUGAUAGGAGAAGGUGGGUAUGGGAUUGUGUAUCAAGGUGUAUUGACUGAUGGCACCAGAGUAGCUGUUAAAAAUCUCUUGAACAACAGGGGUCAAGCAGAGAAGGAGUUUAAAGUGGAGGUGGAAGCUAUUGGGCGGGUAAGACACAAGAAUCUCGUGAGGCUGCUUGGCUACUGUGUUGAAGGAGCUUACCGGAUGCUUGUCUAUGAGUAUGUAGAUAAUGGAACUUUGGAGCAAUGGCUUCAUGGAGAUGUUGGGGAUGUCAGUCCUUUGACAUGGGAUAUCAGAAUGACUAUAAUAGUGGGAACAGCAAAAGCUUUAGCAUAUCUUCAUGAGGGUCUGGAACCUAAAGUUGUUCAUCGAGAUGUAAAAUCCAGCAACGUACUCCUCGAUCGCCAAUGGCAUCCAAAGCUGUCAGACUUUGGGCUUGCUAAACUCCUCAAUGCAGAGAGGAGUUAUGUGACAACUCGUGUAAUGGGAACAUUUGGUUAUGUUGCACCAGAAUAUGCUUGUACCGGCAUGCUUAAUGAGAAGAGUGACAUUUAUAGCUUUGGAAUACUUAUCAUGGAGAUAAUUACUGGCAGAACUCCUGUUGAUUGUGGUAGACCAAAAGGCGAGACUAAUUUGGUGGAUUGGUUAAAAAAGAUGAUUGAGAUCCGGAAAUCUGAGGAAGUGGUUGAUCCUAAGUUGCCUGAAAUGCCUUCUUCAAAAGGUCUCAAGCGUGCUCUUUUGGUUGCUCUUCGAUGUGUUGAUCCUGAUGCUCAAAAGAGGCCUAAAAUGGGACACAUUAUCCACAUGCUAGAGGCGGAUGACCUGCUGGUUCGUGAUGAACGUCGUGUUGGGAAAGAAAGAGAAUCGUCUAAUUUCCACCGUGACUACAAGCAAGACAACCAAGCUGGUCCCAAGUUAGCCAGAAAACAAUAUGGUGAUGGAGCACCAGAAACUAGUGAAAGAGAUAGUAGUAGAAACCAUAAUUUGCCAUCUAGUUGGAGAUAAAAUUAUAAAUGAAAUAUAUGAUCAAUAUUUAUAUAUCUAAAUGCUUAUUCUAUUCUUUUCUGUUCUUUAUGUAAUUCUUUUUCACUAACCUUCUUAAUGAUUUCUAUACUAUUCUUUUUCUCCCUUGCAAUUUUCUUGUUUAGGAAUUUAUUCUUUGUUGUUCACAUACUCAAGUGCACUUGUAAUUUCAUCAUCAUUAUUUAAAUUCUUCAAUAGAUAUCACAUAUUUUCCUGC